AUGAGUGGCGCGUCAAAAGGACCGUCUCAGGAGGAUUUGGCGACGGCGCAAGGAGCCGUCCUCGUGAAAUCAUGCCAAAUUCCCGAAGGCUCGAUUCCGAUUCGUGGAUUCGACUUCAACGAAUCAAUCGAUAAUUUCUCGCUUUCCGCUGUCAUGGCCUCGUAUUUGAGCACCGGAUUUCAGGCCACUCAUCUCGCGCAGGCUAUUCAGGUAACUCGACAUUUUUAGACAUUUUUUCAAAGUUUCAAAUCCAGCAAGUUAAUACGAUGCUCUCGCUGCGAGAAACGGCACUUUCGACAGAGGACGAGAAAUACCUACCGUAUCCGGAGGGAAGGGAGAAGAAAUCAUGCACGAUUUUUCUCGGAUACACUUCGAAUUUAGUCACUUCCGGGCUUAGAGAGGUAUUUUUGAAGGGUUCACUCACAGGAGAAUAUUUCUUUUCUUUCAGGUGCUCCGUUUCGUGGUCCAACACGAUCUGGUGGAUUGUAUAGUGACGUCGGCGGGCGGAAUCGAAGAGGACCUCAUCAAAUGCCUCAAACCGUCCUACCUCGGCGCGUUCACGAUGGACGGCAAAACGUUGAGGGCGAACGGAAUGAACAGAGCCGGAAACGUUCUGAUUCCCAACGACAACUAUUGCGCGUUCGAGGAUUGGCUCAAUCCGAUAUUGGACGAAUGUCUGACCGAGCAACAAGUGGGCGGAGUCAACUGGACACCCUCCAAACUGAUUCAGAGACUCGGAGAACGAAUUGGGAAUGAGGAGUCCAUAUUGUACUGGGCCGCCAAACACCGUAUUCCGGUGUUCUGUCCGGCGCUCACCGACGGAUCUUUGGGUACGGACCUGAACAUUUUCAUCUACUGCCUGGAAAGCCUAGGGUUUCUGGUUCUUCUCCAGCUUUCCCAGGGUUUUCACACUUUUCGAAAGUUGGACCACCUGAAGCUCUCGGAGCUCCAGCUGUAUCAACUUUUCAAAACUCGGCCACUCAUAGGUGUUUUGAGUUGACCGCCCGCAGUUCGGGACAGGCGCGUGGGAGGGGCUGCCAAAGUUUCCAAGUUGCUUCAACUAUCUAAAUUACUUCUAUGGGUCAUACUGGUCAUACAUGUUUAGCAGAAAAUACAAUAAAACGAAGCUUGGAUAAACAUUGUUUAAAAAUCCUAUUCCACAGGGGGGGGGGGGGUCUUAUGGUUGCCGCUUAUGGUACCUUAUGGUACCUAUGCGGCCACUGAGUCAGGUUCGUCAAAUUGAGAAAAUUGCAAUUUUCAGGCGACAUGCUGUACUUUCAUUCGGUGAAAAGCGCGCCCGGACUGCGUGUGGACAUUGUCGAAGACGUCCGUCACAUCAACACGAUUGCCGUGAAAAGUCUCAAAACGGGAAGCAUCAUUUUGGGCGGAGGUACCAGAAAUAUCGAAACAAUUCGCCCAGUCUUCGAUACGAAACGACGAAACGUUUGCAGGCGUCGUGAAGCAUCACAUCAACAACGCGAAUCUGAUGCGAAACGGCUCGGACCACACGGUCUUCAUCAACACGGGCCAGGAGUUUGACGGCAGCGACUCGGGCGCCCAACCGGACGAGGCGAUCAGCUGGGGAAAAGUGAAGCCGGGCGCGGGCGCGGUGAAGGUCCACGCGGAGGCGACUCUCGUGUUCCCGCUGCUCGUCGCUGAGACAUUCGCCAAGCUGGUCCAGAGAAAAAGGACCAGUUUAUGA